AUGAGUUCGUCGAAACGCGUUCUUAAAGCCGGUAUACUAGGAGCAACAGGCACAGUAGGACAACGUUUUAUCCUUCUACUUUCAGUUCAUCCUCAUUUCACCAUUCAUAGCGUUGGUGCCUCUUCACGUUCAGCGGGUAAAAAAUACUGUCAAGCGACAAAAUGGAGAAUGACUAGUCCAAUAGCUGCUGAUAUUAAAGAUAUGAUUAUUAAAGAAUGUAUUCCAGAAUUAUUUAAAGAUUGUGACGUGAUAUUUUCAGGUUUAGAUUCCGAUGUUGCCGGUGAUAUUGGUUUCCUUGUUACAAAUGCCAAUUGUUCAACAACUGGUCUUGUUGUUGCUUUAAAACCUCUGCAGGACUCAUUUGGUCCUAUAGAAUCUGUAAUUGUUCACACAAUGCAAGCAGUUUCAGGAGCUGGAUAUCCUGGUGUCGCAUCACUUGACAUUUUCGAUAAUGUAGUUCCUUACAUUUCGGGAGAAGAAGAAAAAAUGGAAUAUGAAACACUUAAAAUUUUAGGUGAUUUAAAUCAAGAAGCUACAGGAUUUCAAUUACUAUCCUCAAUGUCAGUAUCUGCAUCUUGUAAUCGUGUACCUGUAAUUGAUGGACAUACGGAAUGUGUUUCUGUUAAAUUUAAAAAUCGACCUCCACCUUCACCUGAACAAAUUAUACAAGCGUUUGAUUCCUAUAUAUCAGAGGCACAACAAAUUGGAUGUUAUUCUGCGCCUGAAAACCCGAUUUUAGUACAAAAUGAACAAGAUAGACCACAACCAAGAUUUGAUAGAGAUAAUGGUAAUGGGUAUAGUGUUACUGUUG